CGGUGUACACAACGAAAUCAAAACAAAGCGCAGCAACAUGUCGAUCGACACGGAAGGGCAACGAUUGAUGGAUAAAGUUUUUCCCAUUUUCCAGAACAAUUUAAAAGCAGAACCAGUUACCCAAGAGGAGCUCGAACAGUUGCACCAACGGCUACAGCAACAGAAACUGUUGGCGUACGUGUAUGAAUCGUUCUUUGUGAAAAUCGACAAAAUAAUCCAGCACGUUGUGGUGCCACAGUUUUGGUCCCGCUUCUUACCAGCCCCAGCACCGAAAGAAUUGCCCCGGGCAACCUUCGUACAGUUCCACAGUGCAGUGAAAGAGCUGUACGAACAGUUCGCAUUCUUUCGCCGACAGUUGAAGCGGCUGGAAAAGGUUUGCCCCACAAAAGAUGUGCCGGUUAUGAAGCGGAAACUACCGAACGAAGUGUUGGUGUUUUGCCAUCACUUGCAUGCUUCGUUGCAUGCACAGUUGCCGGAGGAUUUUAACGAUAUCGUGUACCGGUUCUAUGCCAUCGCUUUCCGCGUGUUCAUUUACAGCCACUUGCAGGAUGGCGAUGAGUAUAUGGAUGUGACGGAAACGAAUCGGUGUAUGGCAUGCAGUAUGCACAGUAGCGACUGCCAGUGUCAAGCCAUCGCGGAUGCGUUCACCAGCACGAACCGAUAUCUGGCCCUGAUGGGAAUGCUGGAUGAUAUAUCCGGCCAUACAUUGAACCAGCUGAUACAGGAACGCAUCGAUGCGAAGGUGAACGAAACGAAGGAAAACUACGCUACAUCGCAUAUGGACCACCUGGAACAUUGGCUUGACACCGUGGUAAUGCAAUGGUUGACCCGCAUCUACAACAAAGGUUCGUUACAGAUCAAACCGGAGCACAAAAGUUUGCAGCGUAACAUUGCGCAGAUACAGAGCAAGUUGCUGAUCUACAUGUACGACAGGUACGCCAACAUGAUCGUCGAUCAGUUCUUUGAGAUUAUCAUCAACUUUCCCAUGUCGCGAUCGGCAGUUGAUGAUCUUAAGCUGUGCCUGGGUAAGAUUAAUUUGAAACGCUGUUUUGUGACCACCGUGCGUGAAAUGUUGCGCGAACGAUUGCUACACCCGGGCGUGGAUACACCGGACAUACUGACCGGGUAUGUGGCCGCACUGAAAACGUUGGCUCAUUUCGAUCCGAGCACGGUAUUGCUACGUUCGAUUACGAAACCGAUUAAAGAAUAUCUGCGUGGCCGGCCCGAAACGGUACGGUGUGUCGUGACCAGCUUUACCGGUGAUGGUACUUCGGACCUGGGGGAAGAACUAGCCAAAGGUGAAACUGUGAAGCCCAAAACGCCCAACAGCGAUAAGCUCGAUGAUGCGGACUGGCGAAGUUGGCAACCGGAUCCGGUUAAUAUGGCACCGGCAGCACUAAAAUUUAUUGCCUCCGAUAAGCGGGCGGAUAUUAUCUCCAUGGUGGUCGACAUUUACGGUAGCAAGGAAAUAUUCGUCACCGAGUACCGGAACUUGUUGGCCGAACGGUUACUAUCCCAGGUGGAACUUAGCAUCGAGAAGGAGGUUAAACAUUUGGAACUGCUAAAAUCACGGUUCGGCGAAAAUAUGCUGCACAGUUGUGAGGUGAUGCUGAAGGAUAUAACGGAAUCGAAGCGUAUCAAUGCGCACAUCCUUUCGCCUGAUUCGGGUGCUGCGGAGGUGGUCCCUAGCCAAGUAUCUGCCCUAAUCGUUUCGUCCCAGUUUUGGCCCACGUUCCGGAAGGAAACGAUGGAACUGCCCGCUUCGAUUAAGGAAAUGUUUGAAAAGUACACGAAAGCGUACGAAUCGUACAAGGUGAACCGGACGUUGCAAUGGACCCCACUGAACGGGAAGGUUACGAUCGAGCUGGAGCACAAUGGGAAGAUACAAGAGAUGCAAGUCACACCUACCCAGGCAGCUAUCAUUAUACAUUUCAGCGAACAGCCGCAAUGGGAGUUGGACAGCUUAAGCCAGAAAAUGAACAUGCCCCCGAUUGUGCUGCGUAAGCGCAUAGUGUUUUGGCAAGCGCAAGGUGUAAUACGCGAAACGAAGGAAAAUUUGUUCGUGCUGUUGGACAAAAGUGCGGAAAGUGAAGUUUGUUCCGAUGCGAUCCCAACCCAACCGAACGACGUGUGCGAGGAGGAAGAGGCAGAAAGUGCGAUGGAAUCGGCAAGUGAUCAGCGCGAAGAAGAGCUGCAAGUGUUCUGGUCGUACAUCGAGGCAAUGCUGACCAACCUGGACUCGUUGCCGCUGGAUCGUAUACAUCAGAUGUUGAAGAUGUUCGCUUCCCAGGUAGACUUUACGCAGGACGAGCUGAAGCAUAUCCUGCAGCGCAAGGUUCGGGAGCACAAGCUCGUAUAUGCCGGCGGUGUUUAUCAACUUCCAAAGUCGUAAGAGAUAGCACGACAUACCUA